AUGAGUUUAAAGGACACAGAAAGAAAAAUGGAUAACGUGUGCGAACCUCGUCGCAUUACCGUGCAGUCGAUUCGAGAAAGAUUUGAAAUCCAACAGCGACAAACACCGCCCCUAAGUCGUAACGAACAACCGGAAAUUCUGUCGGAAGUCGACUCAAACCAUAGUGGAUCGAGUAACGCUAGCGAAAGUGACCACAGUUCAACCGGUGGUGGGUUUCAGCAACACAGCAAUCGCACCAGUAUCAAACGAAGUCCGGCAUUUCGAACGGGACUCAAACCGACGGAAGCUAUUCCCGAAAACAUUUUAAAGAAACCUUCGCUUAUCCGUACCGGCCUUAAGGAUCCCAACGUAAUCAUUAUCAAGAAUCAUAAAAAACCGAGUCUCAGACGGAAGCCUGGAGUCGAUCGGACAUCCAAACCGAAUCUCAGCCCUGAACCGACGACCAAUAUCGAAAACGAUCCGCUGAUAGAAGAGGCGUUAAAAGCGCCACUACCUAGCGGUCCAGCCCCCAAAAAACCACCUCGAACAUUCGUUCACGAUGCAUUCAUCCAGCAGCAGAAUGUCACCAAAGAACCGGAUAGCAGCCCACAACGUCCGGUCCGUCGGAACAAAGCCGUACAACUUCAAAGUCCGGCGAAACCUGCGAGGCCGACGAGCAUCACUCUCGGAUCGCCUUUCACGAUGAGCCGUUCUAAAACGGAACCGUUUCUAUUGGGCCGGAAAAAGUCCGUCGAAUCGGAAGAGCUUCCAGCUGUGGAAGACCUGAGGCGAUCGCCUUUAGACGAUGUGGAAUUCGACUUCCAAGAGAGUCGAUGGUUGAACCCUGUGCAGUGGAACAGUUUCUCACCGACUCCGGCCGUGACCAAAUCGCCUUUAAAGAAACAGACCAGUCCGCGAGUAUCCACUUCUUUAGUGACCAUAGCCGAUCCGGCUUUACUGCAGGCCAGGAACGGAGCGCGUCAUGGAGGCAAAAAUGUGGCCGGUCGCCAUCCAGAACCAACAAGGAGGAUGAGCUGCGAUUUUGACGGAGGUAGGCGCCGUCCGAGUAGCUCCGAGUUUACCUGGCAGUCAUCGACAACAGGGUUGCUGAGAUUUCACGGUCGUAAAGAACCACCCGUCUCGCUUGGUCACGUCUACGACCAACCCACACUAGAGGGAGGCCUCCAUUACAUGUGUUCUCCCAUUAUGGAAGUCAACGAUAUUCACAGUUGGCACAACGACUCGAGAGUUACCGACGACAGCGACUGUGAAUCUGAACAAGAUUUAAGGAAAAGUCAGCUGGUAGAGGAUAGAAAAAUUUACGUCCGCCGAGUUUCCAGCAAUGUCGCCGACUUGAGGAAAGCAUCGAGACCGUUGACCAUCGCCAAUGUCGAACCUGGAGCCGGACUUUUUGAGACUUUCCUCGAAGUGGCUCUUUUUUACGAUCGUCAUCAGAAUCUUCACACUCCAUACAUCAAAUCCAGCUAUCCUAAAUCGUCAGCUGUCCCUUCCGGCAUGGAACAUUUUUGUUUCCCGGAUUCGACGCAUUGGCCGCCACCAUUACAGACGGCCGGUGAACCGUACACCAUCAUCUUGACCGAUUCCAAAGGCGAUCGAAUGUACGGCUAUUGCCGACGGGUGGUUCCCGAAGGAGCACAAACCUGCAUUCCCAUCACUUAUUGCUUAUUGAGCCGCCAUCGAGCGGCUGGAUUUUACAACAAGAUGUUGAACGUCAUGGUAUCGCGUCACGGGGCUUCAGUAUCCCAACGUUUAGCCUUACUCGAUUGUUUGCACAAACAACCAUUUCCAAAUCCGGGACGUUUCGUUGAAUUCCCCUCCGAAAGUCCCACCAACGGGAAUAAGGUCAACAAAGUCCAACGAUUACUCGAUGGACGUUUAGAGGAUAUCGAUUUACGGGUACUCUUUGAACGACUCAAUGAAACGGUUGUCCUUCACGUUUUGGGCACCGUCUUACUUGAACGGAAGCUCAUUUUCGUCAGUCAAAAUCUCAGUGUGCUGUCGCUUUGUAUCGACGCUGUUCAAUCAAUGCUCUACCCAUUCGUGUGGCAACAUACGAUCGUUCCCGUCCUCCCUCAGUCUAUGACGGAAAUCGCAUCGGCUCCCACACCUUUCAUUCUAGGGCUUCUGUCUAAAAAUGUUGAAGAUUGGAAGUCCAUCUACCCUGAUCAGGGUAUGUUGGUUGAUUUGGAUAGCGGCAAAGUCCUUCAUAAUGUCGGCGAUGAGUCAACUAUCCUGCCCCGACGAAGUGUACGCAAACUCAUGUCCGACUGGGAGGUCACUGUCAACAUUACCCAACAAGCUGAGACUGCCCGCAAUGCUCUGUACAGCGAGAGUUUUUUACGGAUGUUUGUUGACCUCUGCGGUCAUUACGAACAGCACAUUCACUGCCGUGAUUCUGGCCACAAAUACUUUGAGCGAGCAGUAUUUACUCAGAACCAUUCGAAUUCGAGUGUCCGCGAUUUUCUAGAAUGGUUCACCGAGACGGCCAUGUUCAAUUUAUUCAUUGAAUCUCGCCUGAGGCAUGAUGCCGUUCAAACCCUGUAUGAGCACAAAAUCUUAGAACAUUCGAUGCAAAUCGUCCGGCCCAACACUCAGCUGAUUUUACCCAAUUCCAAGAUUCUUGGUCGAAAGAUCAAAACUAUUGGGGACAAACUAAGGGAGAUGAAUAUGUUUGCUUGACUGCUUGAUGCUGGACAUUGACUACCAUCUUCGACAGUAGCACACCUUCACUGUAACAUCAUUCACGCUCUCUGAGGGUCGGGUUACCCUCCGCUUCCACGACAAAACAUGACCUUAUUUAAUUUGCUAGUCACGCCUCACUCGUUUCUGUAUAAACCGAUUUAAUACUCUCGCCCAUCUGGACGAGUAUGAUAUGCGCCGAGACAAAAGCUUCUAUGCUAAAUUGAAAUAAUUUUUUUAAAAUUAAAUAUAUUAUCACUGUACAAGUUAUACGAUCUGAACAUACAUUUAGUGAACAUC